AUGGUGCAUGAGCGAGUUUCGGCAGUGAAAAUAAGGAGGAUGGACUAUGGAGUGGGCUUGCAAGCCCUGGAGGAGCAGGUGGACUACGAGCUUGGCGGAGUUGGCAGGUUUGAGGUCAUCAUUGUUGAUGAUGGCUCCACAGACAUGACUGUCAAAUUUCUUACAAGUGAGAGAGAUGAAGCUCAUGAGGGUUGUCAAAAUGUGGAUAGUCAGGUAGACGAGACGAGAGAUGAAGACUCGGGGAGAAACAGAAGAAAUUGUAGAGUGCAUGGUCAAGAAACAGGGGCAUGCAGCAGGCCGUUUGCUCAGCAGAGCAGACGAUUUUCUCAUGUAAAACUUGUGAGGCAGAAGCAUGCAGGUGCCACGACGGCCAGGAAUCUCGGACUAAAGCACGCUAGUGGUGCCAUUAUUGUUUUCAUCGACUCGGACCUUGUAGUGACAAGGAGCUUUCUCAGGGCCCAUGUACAGGCCCCUCGCGAGGCUUUACUAGAAGACGGAGAUGACCGGGCCUUCACCUACGGUCGCGUCGUUAACACUUCAAACUUUGAAAAUUCCCAAUCUGAGAAAGUCAAGAUCAUUGAUUACUCAGCUGCCUUUUUCGCCACAACUAACGCGGAUAUUUCUCGUCGACGAUUGUGA